UCGGCCACCUCGGCCGGCGUAAAAUAGCGACGCUGGAAAAACUCAAAGUCCGGCCCGUCCACGAGGCCCCGGCGCUGCAUGGCUCCUGCACUGUCGGCCAUCAGCUUCUCUGGUUGCUUCGUCGCCCCUCAGCACGCCCUCACUCACUCACUCAUUCACUCCCUGCGCGGCAUCUUUCCUCCUAGCGAGCGCGUUGCUCCGCUGACAUGGAAACCAUUGUCCCUUCCCGGCCACCGUCCACGGAGAUCAAACACUCGGGACGAGGGGCCGUCCGUGCUCACGGGAAACGUAGUCUGAAUCUAGCUUUCAAGAAACUGAGUUGCGUCCUGCAGAGGUUUGGGGGCGGGGGGAAGCGAAAGCUCCGUGUUCAGAGUGGUCUGGGCUGGAGGGGAUAUUUAGGACAGACUGUGUCGCGAGGCAGAAAAGCAAGGGACGAUGGGGUGCAAAGCGAUGACGAGAAAAGAUCGUCUCGCUACAUGCCAGGAUUUCUGAAGGAUUUGUAUGAACCUAAAGAGGGAAAACUUCUCGCGAUAUCUUAAGGCAUCCGGCGCCGUAGGCCGCAGUGAGCCACAGUGCCGGAACAGUGGGAGAAACUCGCGAGAUCUCUGCAGUUGCCCAGGAGACAGGAGGAGGAGGGGAGGUGAUCUCGCGAAAGAAAAGAGGUCGGGAGCACUCGCGAGAUCUCGGACCACCGGACCCAAAAGGUUCUUAGGAAGUUGAAGGGCCCGGAGCCGGCCCCGGGGCAAAUGGCCGGAGCUGGACCAGCCAUGCUGCUACGAGAAGAGAAUGGCUGUUGCAGCCGGCGUCAAAGCAGCUCCAGCGCCGGGGACUCAGACGGGGAGCGCGAGGACUCGCCGGCCGCGCGGGCCCGGCAGCAGCUAGAGGCGCUGCUCAACAAGACUAUGCGCAUUCGCAUGACAGACGGUCGGACCCUGGUCGGCUGCUUCCUCUGCACCGACCGCGACUGCAAUGUCAUCCUGGGCUCGGCGCAGGAGUUCCUCAAGCCGUCGGAUUCCUUCUCCGCGGGGGAGCCCCGCGUCCUGGGCCUGGCCAUGGUACCCGGCCACCACAUCGUCUCUAUUGAAGUGCAGAGGGAGAGCCUGGCGGGGCCUCCCUAUCUCUGAACACGAUCGCGCGUGCUUUGCACACCAUUAAACCUGUAACGAAGUG